GCUGAGAAGCGGCAGCACAGCCGUGAAGGGCUCCUUCGAGGACGUCUGGCACUUGGUACGGCCACUGCUGGGGACUUGUAACACCGGGGAGUGAGGGCUGAGCCUGCAGCCACCCAGUGAGCGGGAUGGGGGAAAGGUUCCUGGUCUGGACCUGGAUUCUCCUCCCAGGAUGCUGGGCUCUGCAAGGUCCCAAGGAGGUGAGCGGCUUCCCGGGGGGCUCCGUGGAAGUACCCUGCAAGUACAAGCCGGAGCUGGCGGAUGCCAAUAAGUACUGGUGCAGGGGCAGCAGCUGGUUUUCCUGCUCCAUCCUCGUUCAGACCACGACCCCCAGGAACGAGGUGUUGGGGGACAGGGUCUCCUUGCGAGAUGACCCCGUUCACCACAUGUUUGUGGUGACCAUGGAGAACCUGACAGUGGAGGACAGCGAUCAGUACUGGUGUGGGAUCCAGGUAACCUGGUAUGACCCCAUGUUCCCCGUCAUGGUGUCUGUUCUCCCAGUGCCCAGGAGCACACAGUAUGACCUUCACACGACACAGAGGGAAGAGGCCACAUCUGCUCCUACCUUUCCAUGGACUCCCCUGGAGCUGGAAAACACUGUGUCCAUGCCAGAAUACAGAAGCCUGCAGACUAGAACCCUAAACCUGCUUGUCCUGUUCCCAACAUCCGCUGCUGUGCUGGUGCUGGUGCUGGUUUUGGGCGUCAUCAUCUGCCGUAGGAUUAGAAGGGCAUCACUGGAGAAGAGCAAAGCGGCCCAGGCCAUGGAGAGGAGAAGGGCCAAGGACCUCCAGGUCCCUUCAAGCUGGAAGCGAGCAGCCGCUUCCAAUAACAUCUACAUGAACAGGGAAAGGGAGCUCAGCUUGCCUGAGGAUGACUAUGAGAACAGACCGGCCAAGUGGCAGGACUUUGAAAAAGAAGACGAAGUUUCGGUUUCCAGAGCUACAAAUCUGCAGCCGAUCUACAUGAACACGCGCUGAGCGGCUCCGCUCUUGGCCCCUCGCUGCCAGAAUCCCCGUGUCCAGGAACGGGCAUCCCCUGUGGCUCGCCCGACAUCGAGGAUGUGUUUCCCCACUGCUGCUCGAGCUCUCUCUGCUUCUCCUGUUGAGAUUCCCCGUAUCCUGCAGAAGCAACCCCAGUCCCCUCCGUACCACAUGAGACCGGGGACCCUAGUGUCCCAUGGGGUCCCGCAGCAUGACCCGCACGCCACCAGGCCAGCAGUGCUGUUUGUCCCCACCCUGCCAUGAGGUUAUUAAACAAGAUGAGAUCAGAAGGUAUGGGAUGUGUUUAAAAUAUCCCUCACUCAGGGGUUAAAAGCCCAUCGUUCGUGGUCCCGGCUGUGGGGGACCAAGGGAUG